UCACAUUAUUUACCUGCUGUGGCAAAAAUAUUUAUAUUGCAACCUGCAGCAUUCAAACAAAUGUUCGUCAGACCUUGCUUUUGAUUUUGCACAAGGGCUUGUUUUGCGUCGACAGACUGCGGUGGGCUCACGGGCGUGCGCGUUGGGGGGUGCUGACGUCACUGCUGUAUGCGGCUGGCGAUGGCGGAGCAGCUGCUGAUGAGAGACCGAGAUUCAUAGACAAAUCGUCUAUGGCAACAACUGCGUCUUUAGAUCGAAGUUCGUCCUCAGGACACGGUCAUAUGCGACUAAAGGACAUCGGAAAAAUAUUCGAGCGAUGUCUUACCUCUGACUAAAGACCACACAGACUAACAAGUCAACGCAGGUGGAUGAUCCAAGUCCAGUCGGGGAGCGCCUUGGGAAUGAGGCUGAGAGAAAUACAGUUGUGAAUCGGUAGCUAAUAAUAUUUUUACAUGAUUAAGUAAGAGGAAAACCGGAUGCGAGAGAAACGGCGAAGGGUGUCUUUUUGGAUGGCGAGUUAAGCUACUGUUGAGACCAGGGACUAAAAAGGACGAAUGAGGAUGGAGUGAUGCUGGCGUCAGGCAAUUCGAAUAGAGGAAUUGUAUAAACGAAUUCUAGCACCCUGCUUGGGUUACUGUGUUGCUGGUUAGCUAGCUCGGCUGGGGAAGAGGGCACAAUAGUCUCAUUCCAGUUUUGUUUUUUUGUUUUUUUUUUGUUUUUUUUAACAUAGGCGAAUUUUCUUACGUUAAAGGACGCGAUCAAAUCUGCUUAAUAUGAACAAUUUACGGAUUUUUUUUGCUAUACGUGAGAGAUGGGAUGAGAAAUGUGAAUGUCAAAUUGGCAACCUAAUUUGCUAGCUAACUAGCCAGUCAUCUUGUUGGUACUGUUUGAAGAUUCAUCUAAACCGUAUGCCCAUUGGCAAUGUAAGAUCUCACAGAAAUAGUAUUGACAAGCUAGCAUCGGCCACUCCGCGCGUAAUCGUUAACGUGUUAGUCAGCUAAUAAUGCAUUCACAAUAUCAUAAGAUAUUAACGGGUCACAGCCAGAAGCAAACCACCCAGCACUGAUGUUCAACGUGCAUGCGAUCGUUUUAUCAAAGCAUAACCGCUCUAAACCUAUGUAACCGAUAUGGCACAAUUAAAGUAAAACAAGCGAACAGCUUCAAGAGUGCAAACGUGUUUUUGUGUGCAAAAGAAGAGUCGAGCGCGCGUGCAGUCUCGCCGGCACUGAGACCCUGUCGCCAAACAGCGCUGAAAAUGGGGACUCCAGCCCUGGGAGUUGGGCGCGCGGGUCAUUUUAUGAACUUAAUAAUUCAUGAACACUUAAGGACCUGACUUGGAAGGCGCUUUUACGGAAGCAAUAGCAACUAUGUCUUGCUCUCAGCGAGGACCUGCUGAUGACUAUUACCACUGAAAUGUUUUUAUUGUCAGUGACAAGGAAGUAGUGGCGAUUAGUAAACACAUGCAGUCAUACCUGGAAGGGCAUCUUGCUGUUUUUGCUAGUUUUCCACAACAGUUCGUCGGUUUUUUCCACACUGCCUCAGGAUAAAGUUGUGAGUUGUUUGAAUGGAGCAGGUUUUGGUGUCUAGCCCAACUGGGCGUUCGGAGUGGGAACGGGAACAGAAUCCGGCUCUGGGGUUUCUUCUCUUAGAUCCAGAUAAAGGGGCCACUUUGCCCCAGGGGGACACAGGAAGUCGGGAACCGGGGCUGGACUUCCGUAAGGCGGAGAAAGAGCUGGUGUCUCUAAGCCUCGACGAGAUCCUUCAGGAGAAUGCCUUGUGUCUAGACGACCUUUUCCGGAGCUCCAGGUACCCCUGGGACAAAGGGGCAGUGUGCUCUGUGUUGCAGUGGGAGACGCCCUCCAUUCCGGCUCAGGAUUUCCCUCGCUGCAUGCCGGAGUCGCUGAGCGUCUGUGGCAGGGCUGAGGACCUUCUGGACGUGAGCGGCUCUCCCUGCACACAGGGCUCAACCUGCCCUCAGGAUUCCAGCGAGGACAAUUUUUCAGUCGGGGAUCACAAUUCCGCGGGGCCAAUUCAUUUCCACAGCAGCUCUGAAGAGCUUAUUGAUUUUGGCGACACUCAGUCACCUCUGCAGGUGUUGGCGAGCACCCCAGAUUCCAGCAGGGAAGAUUUAUCUUUAUUAGAAACUGUUCAGAGGCUUGAGUGCACCUCCACAGGUUCUUCUGUCUACCCCUAUGGUCAGGCUAGUCUCCAGGAUGUCAGCGCAGAGGCUAGCCCGCAGGAUAUGAGCACAGAGGCUAGCCAACAGGGUGUUAGCACAGAGGCUAGCCUGCAGGAUAUGAGCUCAGAGGUUAGCCUGUGGGAUAUGAGCGCAGAGUCUAGCCGACAGGAUAUGAGCGCAGAGGCUAGCCAACAGGCUGUUAGCACAGAGACUAUCCUGCAGGAUAUGAGUGCAGAGGUUAGCCUGCAGGAUAUGUGCGCAGAGGCUAGCCAACAGGCUGUUAGCACAGAAGCUAGCCAACAGGCUGUUAGCACAGAGGCUAGCCAACAGGGUGUUAGCACAGAGGCUAGCCUGCAGGAUAUGAGCUCGGAGGUUAGCCUGUGGGAUAUGAGCGCAGAGUCUAGCCAACAGGCUGUUAGCGCAGAAGCUAGCCAACAGGAUAUGACUGCAGAUGUCAGCCCACAGGAUAUCAGCAUUGAGGUUAGCACGCAGGAUAUGAGCGCAGAGGUUAGCUCACAGGAUAUGAGUGCAGAGUCUAGCCAACAGGGUGUUAGCACAGAGGCUAGCCCACAGGAUUUGAGUGCAGAGGUUAACCUGCAGGAUAUGAGCGCAGAGUCUAGCCAACAGGCUGUUAGCACAGAGGCUAGCCAACAGGGUGUUAGCACAGAGGCUAGCCCACAGGAUAUGAGCGCAGAGGUUAGCCUGCAGGAUAUGAGCGCAGAGUCUAGCCAACAGACUGUUAGCACAGAGGCUAGUCCACAGGAUAUGAGUGCAGAGGCUAGCCAACAGGAUAUGAGCGUGGAGGUUAGCCUGCAGGAUAUGAGUGCAGAGGCUAGCCCACAGGGUGUUAGCGCAGAGGCUAGUCUGCAGGAUAUGAGUGCAGAGGCUAGCCAACAGGGUGUUAGCACAGAGGCUAGUCCACAGGAUAUGAGUAUAGCGGUUAGCCUGCAGGAUAUGAGCGCAGAGGCUAGCCAACAGGGUGUUAGCGCAGAGGCUAGUCCACAGGAUAUGAGCGCAGAGGUUAGCCUGCAGGAUAUGAGCGCAGAGUCUAGCCAACAGACUGUUAGCACAGAGGCUAGUCCACAGGAUAUGAGUGCAGAGGCUAGCCAACAGGAUAUGAGCGUGGAGGUUAGCCUGCAGGAUAUGAGUGCAGAGGCUAGCCCACAGGGUGUUAGCGCAGAGGCUAGUCUGCAGGAUAUGAGUGCAGAGGCUAGCCAACAGGGUGUUAGCACAGAGGCUAGUCCACAGGAUAUGAGUAUAGAGGUUAGCCUGCAGGAUAUGAGCGCAGAGGCUAGCCAACAGGGUGUUAGCGCAGAGGCUAGUCCACAGGAUAUGAGUGCAGAGGCUAGCCAACAGGGUGUUAGCACAGAGGCUAGUCCACAGGAUAUGAGUGCAAAGGUUAGCCUGGUGGAUGUGAGUGCAGAGGCUAGCCAACAGGCUGUUAGCACAGAGGCUAGUCCACAGGAUAUGAGCGCAGAGGCUAGCCAACAGGGUGUUAGCGCAGAGGCUAGUUUGCAUGAUAUGAGCGCAGAGGCUAGUCCACAGGAUAUGAGUGCAAAGGUUAGCCUGCAGGAUAUGAGCGCAGAGGUUAGCCUGGUGGAUAUGAGUGCAGAGGCUAGCCAACAGGGUGUUAGCACAGAGGCUAGCCCACAAGAUAUGAGUGUAGAGGCUAGCCAACAGUCUGUUAGCACAGAGGCUAGUCCACAGACACAGGAUAUGAGUGCAGAGUCUAGCCAACAGGGUGUUAGCACAGAGGCUAGCCUGGUGGAUAUGAGUGCAGAGGCUAGCCAACAGGCUGUUAGCACAGAGGCUAGUCCACAGGCACGGGAUAUGAGUGCAGAGUCUAGCCAACAGGGUGUUAGUGCAGAGGCUAGUCCACAGGAUAUGAGUGCAGAGGUUAGCCUGGUGGAUAUGAGUGCAGAGGCUAGCCAACAGGCUGUUAGCACAGAGGCUAGUCCACAGGCACGGGAUAUGAGUGCAGAGUCUAGCCAACAGGGUGUUAGUGCAGAGGUUAGCCUGGUGGAUAUGAGUGCAGAGGCUAGCCAACAGGCUGUUAGCACAGAGGCUAGUCCACAGGAUAUGAGUGCAGAGGUUAGCCUGGUGGAUAUGAGCGCAGAGGUUAGCCUGGUGGAUAUGAGCACAGAGGUUAGCCUAGUGGAUAUGAGUGCAGAGUCUAGCCAACAGGGUGUUAGCGCAGAGGUUAGCCUGGUGGAUAUGAGCGCAGAGGCUAGCCUGGUGGAUAUGAGCGCAGAGGCUAGCCUGGUGGAUAUGAGCGCAGAGGCUAGGUCACUGGGUGUCGGAGUAGAGCAGUCGCAAGUCGAGGGGGGUGGUCUCAGUCCCUCGUCACAAGGCGGAGAGUCUCUGUCACCUGAAACCGGGGACAAAGGUUUGUUUUGCGAGCUGGCCGGUGAGCUGCUCACUUUGUACAGCUGUUUCCAGGAGUCUUCAGGCAGGACUGCUGAGAGAGGCCAGGCCAGCAGCAGCAGCAGCAGUCUGCCUGCUGAGGCUCUGGAAGUGGAAGGAUCUGCGUGGCUCUUUGAGAUUAGCGCUGCGUGCCGUGACAACUGUCCCAGCCUAACAGACGGUGAAGAUGUGCUCUUGAGCCCGCCCGACUGCGCAGAGAUUCCGGAACCCGGUGCGACCGGGACCGGGACUGGGACUGGCGGGUUUUCUCUGCCCCGCCCUCCGUCCCCACAACCUCAGGAUUACAGGGGGGCCCCCGAUGGAGAUGCCCCCCGCCAGGGUGACCUGGACGACAGCGGCUGGGGCUCAGACCCGGACCCCUUAAUGGAGUACGGCCCGGUUCCGGAUCCGGAUGUGUCUGCCGGUGAAAAACGGCAGCACGGGCUGAUCCAGGAUCAGCGUUUGACUGCAGAGUCCGCGUACGACGGCGAAGCUUUGCGUCCCAAACCGCCCGAUGAAACGCUGUGUGGGCCUGGCUCCGGACCGGAGCUCCACGUUAGGCACAGCGCUGUGCACGUUGGUUUGGAAUUUUCGAUGGAUGCACUUUACCAGAAACAGCACUGCUCCACCCAGCAGUCCCACGACCCUGGCUCGGCUCGGACUAGUGAACAGACGUUAGCGGGGCUGUCACUGCCUGGGGACGGGGUGUGUGCGGCCCUGUCUGUGGGGGGCUGUGAGUCCCAAAGCGAGGAUGAGCUGUCCCCUCUGAGGGCGGUGUUCAGUGCCCUGGACCAGGACCGGGACGGGUUUGUGCAAAUUGAAGAGUUUCUGCAGUUCGCCAAGGCCUACGGAGCAGAGCAGGUGAAAGAUCUCACGAGGUUCCUGGAUCCCAGUGGAUUGGGGGUGAUCAGUUUCGAGGAUUUCUACCGAGGUAUCGGAGCAAUUGGUAAUGGAGGCACGGACCCUCAGCUCUGUGAUGUGGGAUUUCUCCCCCGGGAAGAGGCCCCUGGCUGUCCGGAGGAGUACGACGACUACGCCGCGUUUGAGAACGAGGUGUCGGACAGCGCGUACCUGGGCUCGGAGAGCACCUACAGCGAGUACGAGACCUUCAUCGACGAGGACGCGGGAACGCCGCCACGCCCGGAGCUGCACGAGGAGGUGGAGACCGACAGCGCCAUCGAGUCCGCGCUCAACGACCCCGAGGAGGACGGGAGGAGGCUGUCCCUGGCCUCGGAGCUGAACAGCGUCUCCCUGGUGACGGUGGUGGAGCCGGGGGAGGAGCACUUUGAGGACUUUGGGGAAGGGCAUGAGUCUGAGCUGCUCCAGGACGGGCCGCUGCAGUCUGAGGGGGGCGGGGGCCCUGCCAGCCUGGUGCCGCAGCCCAGCCUGCUGCUGUCUCCCAGCGCUGACCCUUUCCCUGCUGGCUUUCAGAGCUUCCUCAGGGAGGAGCUUCUGGACUUCUUCUGUAGUCAGUGUCACAAACAGAUCAGCCGCCUGGAGGACCUCUCCACCCGCCUGAAUUUCCUUGAGAUGAAUAGCACCAGCAAGAGGUUGUCCAGCAGAAAGGUUGCCAGGCACCUCCUGCAGAGCGGCACACUGUCCCUGGGCCCCACGGACGAGCUGACCCGUGACAUCCUGGACCUGGCCGACACCGACCUCAUCGACAAGGUGAUGUACCUGGAGAAGCGCGUGUCGGAGCUGGAGCAGGACUCGGUCUCCAGCACGGAGCAGCACGUCCGCCUGCGGCAGGAGAACCUGCAGCUGGUGCACAGGUGAGAGGCAUAGGGCGAUUCGGCGUCGGGUCU